AUGUCAAGUUGUUGUCAAGGAUUACCAGAGAUUUUCAGAUGGAACGAUGUCGUAAAAUCAGGCAUCUUCGCAUUUGCUUUCAAUGCCUUAUUAUUAACAGUUUUAUAUAACAAUCUUGGACUCGUUUAUGUUUUAACUAACUUUGUCCUCGUUUCAACUGUUAUCACAAUUGUCUAUCUUGCAGUUUUGAAGUUCAUCCUUAAGGCUGAAGAUCCUAAGGAAGACACCCAAUAUGUUUAUGUUAGCGAAGAAACUGUCCAAGGACUUAUUAUUACCUUUGUUAAUUGGAAUAACUGCAUUUAAGGUUACUUCAAGCAAGUUCACUAAUCAAUCUUAUCUCAAGUUAAAUUAAUCGGCGGUCUUUACUUGUUGGCUAAAUUAGUUAGCUGCUUCAGCAUCAUUAGCUUGACUUGGUUAGUUGUCAAUGGAUUAUUAGCUUUUGGAUUUGUUUCUUUCAAGUUGGGAAUGGAUGUUUGCGGAUUAUCUAAGGGACUCUUAGAUAAGGCUUUAGUUGCUGCUGAAUCCGUUUUAAGCAAGAUUCCUAAGUAUACUCCUCCUUCUAAAUCUAAUUGA